CGCAUCCGGGUCACACUAACGCCGCCGUUUCCUGCAGCCGCUUGGUUCUCCUGUGUGUUUGGACCGGUCCCCAUGUCCUUCUGUGGGGCCUCUGCAGCCUUUGGAUGAAGUAAAUGAGGCUCAGAAAAGUUAAAUAACUUGUCUAAGCUCCCACACCACUCAUCAGUGCCAGAACUGGGAUUUGAACCUAAGAGUCAGACUCCAGAGUUCAUGCUUCAAGCUUGCCAAGCCUGCCUCUUACAGAGAUGAAUUAUGUUGAAAAGGACUGUGAAGACUGCUGAGAGACGCUUGCAGUCCAGUCACAUAAGCGUAGUAAAGAAAUAUUGGUCCUCAUGGAAGAAGAGCAAGAUUUACCAGAGCAACCAGUGAAAAAAGCCAAGAUGCAGGAAUCAGGAGAGCAAACUUUAAGUCAAGUAAGCAACUCUGAAGUCAAUGAUCAGAAACCCGAAACUUCAAGCCUUGCUUCAAACCUUACCAUGUCGGAGGAAAUUAUGACAUGCACCGAUUACAUCCCUCGCUCAUCCAAUGAUUAUACCUCACAAAUGUAUUCUGCAAAACCUUAUGCACAUAUUCUCUCAGUUCCUGUUUCGGAAACUGCUUACCCUGGGCAGACUCAGUAUCAGCCACUGCAGCAGUCUCAACCCUAUGCUGUCUACCCUCAGGCAACCCAAACAUACGGACUACCUCCUUUCGGUGCAUUGUGGCCAGGUAUGAAACCUGAAAGUGGUUUAACUCAGACUCCAUCUCCAAGUCAACACAGUGUUCUUACCUGCACUACAGGGUUAACCACAAGCCAGCCAAGCCCAGCACAUUAUUCUUAUCCCAUUCAAGGCCGGGUGCUUUGCUGGAUGUUGGAGGUGAUGAAUACUUCAAGCACAAAUGCCAGCCUGAUAUCCACUUCAUCUACUAUUGCCAAUAUUCCAGCAGCAGCAGUUUCCAGCAUCUCAAACCAGGACUAUCCCACCUAUACUAUCCUUGGUCAAAGUCAGUACCAGGCUUGCUACCCCAGCUCCAGCUUUGGAGUCACAGGCCAGACUAACAGUGAUGCUGAGAGUACCACCUUAGCAGCAGCCACAUACCAGACAGAGAAGCCUAGUGUCAUGGUACCUGCUCCUGCAGCACAGAGACUUUCCUCUGGAGACCCUUCUACAAGCCCAUCUUUGACCCAGACUACACCAAGUAAAGAUGCUGAUGACCAGUCCAGGAAAAACAUGACUGGCAAGAACCGGGGCAAGAGGAAAGCUGAUGCCAGCUCUUCCCAGGACAGUGAAUUAGAACGGGUAUUUCUGUGGGACUUAGAUGAAACCAUCAUCAUCUUCCACUCCCUUCUUACUGGAUCCUAUGCCCAGAAGUAUGGAAAGGACCCAACAGUAGUGAUUGGCUCAGGUUUAACAAUGGAAGAAAUGAUUUUUGAAGUGGCUGACACGCAUCUAUUUUUCAAUGACUUAGAGGAGUGUGACCAGGUGCAUGUGGAAGAUGUGGCUUCUGAUGACAAUGGCCAAGACUUGAGCAACUACAGUUUCUCAACAGAUGGUUUCAGUGGCUCAGGAGGUAGUGGCAGCCAUGGUUCCUCUGUGGGCGUCCAGGGAGGGGUGGACUGGAUGAGGAAACUGGCUUUCCGAUACCGAAAAGUGAGAGAAAUCUAUGACAAGCAUAAAAGCAAUGUGGCUGGGCUCCUCAGUCCCCAGAGAAAGGAAGCGCUGCAGAGACUAAGAGCAGAAAUUGAAGUUCUAACAGAUUCCUGGUUGGGAACUGCACUGAAGUCCUUACUCCUCAUCCAGUCCAGAAAGAAUUGUGUGAAUGUUCUGAUCACUACAACCCAACUGGUUCCAGCUCUGGCCAAGGUUCUCCUAUAUGGGCUAGGAGAAAUAUUUCCUAUUGAAAACAUCUACAGUGCUACCAAAAUUGGUAAGGAGAGCUGCUUCGAGAGAAUUGUGUCGAGGUUUGGAAAGAAAGUCACAUACGUAGUGAUUGGAGAUGGACGAGAUGAAGAAAUCGCAGCCAAACAGCACAACAUGCCCUUCUGGAGGAUCACAAACCACGGAGACCUGGUGUCCCUCCACCAGGCUUUGGAGCUUGAUUUUCUCUAAGAACUGGAAUGAAGAGCCUUCCCCGCGAGCUCCUUUUCACUCCUGAAAGGAGCUAGAGAGCGGAACCAACUGGGAACUCUUUCUCCAUGGAAUGCUGGCGAGAACACAAUCAAAACCAACAGCUGCAAGAGAUGAAGCUUAUUUUUGCUAAGAGUGAGCUGCAGCCCCGUGUUCAUCCUCGCAUAGGAGCGGAGGACAGUUGGAUUGAGAGAACAAUAGACUCACCGCAGCUACAGUGCUUUUAAUUCUUCUGGGUUUUGUUUUGUUUUGUUUUGUUUCAAAAUAAAUGAAGAAAAAGAAAAGGAAA